AUGUACCAAAAAGAUGCCUUCUCAUGCGGCCUCCUUUCCUUUAAUGCCCUCGCACAUCAUUUUCUUCCUGUGGAGUAUCCCUUGAUUGCUGCUUCGAAUGUGAGGAAUGGAUGGCUCAAGAUCCUGUUGGAUAUCAUUGGUCACCACCUCGACCAGGCAGGUAGCUUCAAGUCUAUCAGUCAAGAAUAUCAAUUCACCUUCUCUCAAUCCAAAACCACUGCUUACCUUGUCCGAUCAGAAAGUCCUUCAACACCAUCACCUAUCUCCUCAAUGCUGUUAGAGUUCCCACUUGGCACUUUGAUCGGAACAGAGCCUGACACACCAUCCAAGGAUUCCUUUCCACAAUCAAGCAAUCCUAAAUCGUCUCCUUUGCCCCCAGAAGCAUCAAUAGCUACAGUCAAUCCUAACAAAAUGAAAGGACAGACCAAGGAAUCCUGCCACUCUACAAUUCAUAAGGCCAUUGAGGACCAAAAGGCCGGGCAGACACGAGGCUUGAUGAAAUUUCUGAAACCAUGUACACGAGACAAGUUGAAGGCUCAGCUCACAGUAGUUGAAGCAAAGUUGGAAGAGGGAUGGGAGCGGGCUCGGGAAUUUGAUGAACUGGAAGAACAGAGGCAAAAGAUGAAGGUGCGAGGGGGAAACAACGAGCGGCAGUGCAAACAUCGACAGAAGAUAUGUGAUCUGGAAAUUAAACAGAAUGAGUGCACCCCUGGAGGAACUAAGAGAAAUCUCAAACGGCCAAUGCUUGACCUAUCGUCAAUGAAGGAUUGUUCACCAAAAAUAUCAUGUUCCUCUAUUGCAAAGUUGACCCGACCAAAUCAUGCUGCAAAGGAACAUGAACGUCAGCAUAAGCAGAAGAAGUGCACCUCAGGACGUAAACGUACACAUGAGAAGAAGGAUGCAGUCUAUCACAACUGGCACGGGCCAUUCACAUGGAUUCAGAUUGAAUAUGCUAUCAAGCACCCAUCAGUCAUGUGGAGCUUGUCGUGUCUGGUUCAGUACCUUAAGAAAAAGGAUCCUGUAAUCUUCAAAGGUCUUGCAUGUUCGACUGUUGAGGGUUGCAUUGAUUGCACUGGUAAACCCAGGUGGACAGAAGCUGCACUUCGCAUGGCUGAACUAGGAAAUGGGGGACGAAAGGGAAUUUUUACUAACUACUCGGCUGUUGAGAAAGCAAUCAUGAAACACCUCAAGUUCUUUGUGACAAUGGAGCAGUCCUCACUCUCAUAA